AUGGACUCCUCGAUCGACUUCUCUGACCCUUCGCAUGCCCUGGACCUGGGCCGGAUCCGCGAACAGCUGAUCCGUCUUGAGGAUACCAUCACGUUCCACCUCAUCGAGCGUGCUCAGUUCCCGCUGAACAAGAGCAUCUACGAGCCCGGCGCCGUGCAGAUCCGUGACACGUCGCUGUCGUGGCCGGUCGGCCUGCUCUGUGGCAAGCGCCGCAGGCAGUACUCGUUUAUGGACUGGUACCUGUCGCAGCAGGAGGCGCUGCAGUCGCGCAUCCGCCGCUUCGAGUCGCCCGACGAGAACCCCUUCUUCCCCGAGGCCGUCCAGAAGCCCAUCCUCAAGCCGCUCAACUACCCGCACGUCCUGCACCCCAAUGACGUGGUUGUCAACGACCGCAUCAAGAAGUACUACGUCGAGACACUGCUGCCGGCCGUGUGCGCCGAUUUCGGCCAUGGCGACCGCGGCGAGACCCAGGAGAACUACGGCUCCUCAGCGACGUGCGACAUUGCCGUGCUGCAGGCGCUGUCGCGGCGCAUUCACUUUGGCAAGUUUGUGGCCGAGUCCAAGUUCCGGUCGGAGCGGGCCAAGUUCACGGCGUUGAUUGAGGCCGAGGACCGCGAGGGGCUGGGCGAGGCGAUUGUCAACAAAAAGGUCGAGCAGACGAUCCUGCAGCGGAUGCGCCGCAAGGUCGAGACGUUUGGUCAGGAGGUGUCGGCGGACGGCCCGGCCACGGCGGCGCCCUCGGCCAACAAGCUCAACGCCGAGGCGGUGGUCGCGCUGUACGAGAAGUUUGUGAUCCCGCUGACCAAGGACGUCGAGGUCGAGUACCUGAUGCAGCGCCUGCUGCCGCCGACACCGACGCCAUGGUACGCCUCCCUGCGCAAGUCGAGCGGGCCGGAAACACUACUGUGGGCGGUGACUAUGGGCGGUGCGGCGGCGGCGGCUGCUGCUGCUGCUCUGUGGUGGAUUCCCCGGAAGUGA